UCAAAUCCGCCCUAUAUGGCAGGGGGCAAAAUAGGUAAUAACCCUAUAAACUAUAUACUAUCAAAUGUAGCUAACUCUUGGGUUUCUCUAAAGGUCCAUCGCUUCAGUAAAGGACUGGGCAGGCAAACAAAUAAUUCUGCUGAGUAUGAAGGUUUACUUUUGGGAUUGAAAGAAGCCAGUGACAAAGGGUAUGAUUAUGUUGAAAUCCGAGGCGAUUCUAAGCUUGUUUGCGAACAGCUUAAGGGUAAUUGGAAAGUCAACAACCCGAAUUUAAGGGACUUGCGUGAUAAAGCUUUGGACUUGAAGGAUAACUUCAAGUCAGUCAAGGUUCAACAUGUUCCUAGGGGUUCAAACAGAGAAGCUGAUGCUCAAGCAAGUUGGGGCAAAAAUCUUGAAGCUGGCCAAGUUCAAGAAGACUAUUACUACUACUGAUCAUCUUUGACAGCAUGCCACUGUCAAAAACUAUUGGCAACUAUGUUACUUUUCUUGUUUAGAUUGUGCCUACUAGUUAAGCAUUUAGGGUGGUCUUACAUUUGACACACUGCAUGUCAGUGGUGAAACUCUGUCAAAAUGCUGGUUUUUGAUGUUUGGAUUUUAUGUUUGGAUGUUAUGUGAAUGUUUGUGAAUUUACUAUUUUCUUCCUUCAUUUGUUUGUUUAAAUCUUAUAAUCUCGUGCUAUGUGAUGACACUUAUUUUUGUUUGAUGUAAUGACCCCAAAAGGUACUUGUGAUCAUUAUAAAUAUUAGAGCAAUGUAGACCAUACAAUAAGAGAGAGAAUUGAAAAACUUUCAUUUUAAGUAUAAAUUUAGACGUGCAUGGCAAUGGAGGUAUGAGGAGUUUCAAAUUGACUAUGUAUUGUAUAAUGUUGUGCAAGACACGUAUUGUAUACAUAUAUAUGUUGUUUAGAAGAUUGUGGUGUUGUAUGUGCCGCAGUAAAAACGAGGGGUAAAUUGUUAUUCAAUGCAAUCAAAAUAUAGGCAUAACCAUGAUGAUACUGGUGUCUGUUGCUCCAAAACUAACUUUCCGAGCCAACAUGAUUCAAAAACUAAAUUAGCAACUCAACUCUACACUCAACUUUGGCCCUGGAUUGAGACAAGAUGGCUUGUCUUUUCGCAGAACACGAGAUCAAAUAAUCUCCAAGAUAUACACAAUACUCAGACAUAGAUCUUAUAGAGUCAGGACAUCCACCCUAGUUGCAUGAGUAUAUGUAGUGAGUUUAUUAAUAGAGGAUGGAUAAAUAUGUAGACCAAGUGUAAAAGUAUCCUUAAUAUAUUGAAUGAUUUGA